ACCCUCAAGAUGUUUCGUUAAAAAAGAAACCUAAUUGUAAAAGUAGAGAAAAUUAUUCAUUUCGUUCUUUUGUAACGUUUUUACCUGAUCUUUUAUUUUAGUACGAUCAUAUAAUCUACCAAAAUUAUGUUCUUCAGCUACUUGGAAUCCAGACGGAAACACUUUUGCUGAUGAAACUAUCAUUGGUUCAGAUUCUUUGAGCAUUUUUGUAGAUACAAAUAACACAGUUUAUACGAUGAAUAGGGAAAACAAACAAAUUCUCAUUUGGUCUGAAUGAAGUGUCAAUCCAACAUACAUCAUUUCUGCCAAUUUCUCAAAUUCAUCUUCCAUAUUUGUAACAUACAAUGGAGAUAUUUAUUUCGAGAAUGGUGAUCAGAAUGGCCGAGUGACACGAUGGAUAUCAGAUACAAAUACUUUUGUCACCGUAUUGAAUGUCGAUGUAUCAUGUUAUGGUCUCUUUGUUGAUACUAAUGAUACUCUCUACUGUUCGAUGUUUGGUCGUCAUCAAGUCGUAAAGAGAUGGUUAAAUGAGGGUGCCAUGACAUCGAUAAUAGCGGCUGGAACAGGUACUCAAGGAUCUGCUCUGAAUGAGUUAAAUAAUCCUAUGGGAAUCUUUGUUGAUCUCAAUUCUGAUUUAUACGUAGCAGAUAAUAAAAACAAUCGAAUCCAACUUUUUAAAUCAGGACAAUCGAUCGCUAUCACUGUGGCUGGCGACGGAUCUUCACAGGAAACCAUUUCACUCCUUCAUCCAACUGGAGUCGUCUUGGAUAGAGAUGGCUAUUUGUUUAUUGUAGAUUCUGGGAACAAUCGGAUUGUUGGUUCAGGAUUAGAUGGUUUUCGAUGUUUAGUUGGAUGUGAUGCAGAGGGUUCCGAAUCUACCCAAUUACUGGAUCCGUUCACUCUCAAUUUCGAUCAAUUUGGAAAUCUAUUUGUCACUGAUGUAGGCGAUAGACGAAUUCAAAAAUACUCUUUCUAUGAAAACUCUUAUGUUCCAUAUCAAUUGACAAUGAAUAGUCAAAUAUACUCGCGUGAUUGUAACGAAGAAAUGUAUUAUUAUGAAGUGAUCCAAAUGAAAGUAUUCAUGAGUGGAAAUUACAUUAUUCGUAGCAAUGGUACGAGGGAUACAUAUGUAUCAAUUUAUAAAAACAAUUUCAAUCCACUUAAUUCAUCGGAAAAUCUACUUCGAGAAAAUGAUGAAAAUCCAAUUAAUAUUCAACUAAAUUAUCCAAUCAAAUUGACGAGUCAGAGUCCGACCUUCGAUCGAGAUUCUCAAAGAGCCGAUUUUUAUUACGAAGUAUUUCAAUUCAAUAUAAUAACAAAUGGAUCCUAUGUUCUCUGGAGUGAAAGUCAAAUGGGAACUUUUGGUUAUAUUUACAAAGACAAUUUUGAUCCAAAUCAACCAUUGAAGAAUAAACUUUUCGAACAUAGUGGAAUGUGUAAUGAAGGACAAUUCAAACUGAUUGUUGAUCUUCAAGUUGAUGUGAAAUAUAUUUUGGUUGUUACAACAUUUUAUCCAAAUGUCACGGGAAAUUUAUCGAUCAUUGUCUCUGGACCAAAGAAUCCACAAGUACUUCGACAACGACAACUACUACGUCCACAUCAACAUUCACCAGCACAAUGGCAUCGAUCAAUCUUCAUUGGUUAG